UGUUGUUGGUGGGGGGCUGGGAGGCAGUGUGCGUGAGGCCCCGGAACCAGCCAGGAGGUUGGAGCUAGUGAGGCGUCGUCAAGUUCUGUGCCUUGACAUUCUCCUUUGGGUCUGUUCAAGUGCUCUAAACUUACAAUGAGGGGGAUGGAGCAGCUGAGCAGCAUGGUCUGAGGUGGUGAACAUGGACUUUUCUCGGCUACAUACAUACACUCCACCCCAGUGUGUGCCGGAGAACACCGGCUACACCUACGCACUCAGUUCUAGUUAUUCUUCGGAUGCUCUGGAUUUUGAGACUGAGCACAGGUUGGAACCUGUAUUUGAUUCUCCAAGGAUGUCCCGCCGCAGCUUGCGCCUGGUCACAACAGCAGCGUAUAGCAGUGGGGACAGCCAGGCUGUUGACUUGCACGUCAGCACCAGCAGGGCCACCCCCUCCAAGGAGAAAGAAACCAGGACAGUCAGACAGCGCAGAAGUGCAAGCAAGCCAGCUUUUAGUAUCAACCACCUGUCAGGGAAGGGAGUGUCCUCCAGCGCCAGCCAUGACAGCUCUUGCAGCCUGCGGAAUGCCACGGUGCUUCGGCAUCCUGUGCUAGAUGAGUCUCUGAUUCGCGAGCAGACCAAAGUGGACCACUUCUGGGGUCUUGACGAUGAUGGCGACCUUAAAGGUGGAAAUAAAGCUGCCACUCAGGGAAACGGUGAACUGGCAGCUGAGGUGACAGCCAGCAAUGGAUACACCUGCCGUGACUGCAGGAUGCUCUCGGCGCGCACUGAUGCACUCACGGCCCAGUCUGCCACCCAUGGGACCACCUCGAGGGUUUACUCCAGAGACAGAACUCUAAAACAGCGCGGUGUAUCCUUUUACCUGGAUAGGACUCUAUGGCUGGCCAAGUACACCUCCUCAUCCUUUGCAUCAUUCGUAGUUCAACUUUUUCAAGUGGUUUUAAUGAAGCUCAGUUUUGAAUCAGAAACUUACAAAUUGAAAGGCUAUGAAUCCAGAGCUUAUGAAUCACAAAGCUAUGAGACAAAGAGCCAUGGGUCAGAAGCCCAUCUCGGUCACUGUGGGAGGAUGACUGCCGGAGAACUUUCCAGAGUGGACGGGGAGUCCCUGUGUGAUGACUGUAAGGGGAAGAAGUACCUUGAGACACACACAGCCACCCACUUGCAACUGCCCCAGCCACACAGGGUGGCAGGGGCCAUGGGGCGCCUCUGCACCUACACAGGUGACCUCUUGGUUCAAGCACUACACAGGACCAGAGCUGCUGGGUGGUCUGUGGCUGAGGCCAUGUGGUCGAUGCUCUGGCUGGCUGUCACUGCUCCAGGGAAGGCAGCCUCUGGAAUCUUCUGGUGGCUAGGGAGUGGAUGGUACCAAUUUGUUACUUUGAUGUCUUGGCUGAAUGUGUUUCUUCUUACCAGGUGCCUUCGAAAUAUUUGCAAGGUUUUUGUCUUGCUCCUUCCACUCCUACUCUUACUAGGUGCUGGUCUCUCCCUGUGGGGUCAGGGCAACUUCCUUUCACUCCUACCAGUGCUGAACUGGACGGCCAUGCAGCCAGCACAGAGGGUGGGCGAGCCUGAGAGUGUGCACAGACCUGACCCUCUUCCCCCAAGCCCACCUCUGAAGGUUGAUUAUGAGGCUUCCCAGUGGCCUCAGGAGAGUGACAUGGGACAGAAGGUAGCCUCUUUGAGUGCGCAGUGUCACAACCACGACGAGAGACUUGCAGAGCUGACGGUCCUGCUUCAGAAGCUCCAGAUGCGGGUGGACCAAGUGGAUGAUGGCAGGGAAGGGCUGUCCCUGUGGGUCAAGGAUGUAGUUGGACAGCACCUGCAGGAGAUGGGCACCACAGAACCGCUUGGUGCUAAGACUGACUUCAUGACUUUCCACCAUGACCAUGAAGUGCGUCUCUCCAACUUGGAAGAUAUUCUUAGAAAAUUGACAGAAAAAUCUGAGGCUAUCCAGAAGGAGCUGGAAGAAAGCAAGCUGAGAGCAGGCAGCAGGGCUGAAGAGCAGCCCCUCCUAGACCGUGUGCAGCACCUAGAACUGGAAUUGAACCUGCUGAAGUCACAGCUGUCGGACUGGCAGCAUCUGAGGAGCAGCUGUGAGCAGGCCGAUGCCCGCAUCCAGGAGACUGUGAAACUCAUGUUCUCUGAGGAUCAGCACGACAGCUCCCUCGAGUGGCUAUUGCAGAAGCUUUCUUCUCGGUUCGUGAGCAAGGAUGAGGUGCAGGUGCUUUUGCAGGACCUUGAGCUGAAAGUGCUGCAGAAUAUCACGCACCACAUCACAGUGACAGGACAGCCGCCGACAUCUGAGGUCGUCAUGUCUGCCAUGAACGAGGCAGGGAUUUCAGGAAUCACGGAAGCGCAAGUGCACGUCAUUGUGAACAAUGCUCUGAAGCUGUACUCCCAAGACAAGACCGGGAUGGUGGACUUUGCUCUGGAGUCUGGAGGUGGCAGCAUCCUGAGCACUCGGUGCUCCGAGACCUAUGAGACCAAGACGGCACUGCUGAGCCUGUUUGGGAUCCCACUGUGGUACUUCUCGCAGUCACCUCGUGUGGUGAUCCAGCCCGACAUCUACCCAGGGAAUUGCUGGGCAUUCAAAGGCUCCCAGGGAUAUCUGGUGGUGCGGUUGUCCAUGAGGAUCUACCCAACCAUGUUCACCAUGGAGCACAUUCCAAAGACGCUGUCACCCGCUGGUAACAUCUCCAGUGCCCCCAGAGACUUCGCAGUCUAUGGACUGGAAACAGAGUAUCAGGAAGAGGGGCAGCCUCUGGGACGGUUUACCUAUGACCAGGAAGGAGACUCACUCCAAAUGUUCCACACACUGGAAAGGCCUGACCAAGCCUUCCAGAUAGUAGAGCUCCGGGUCCUGUCCAACUGGGGCCACCCUGAGUACACCUGCCUCUACCGCUUCCGAGUCCACGGAGAACCUGUCCAGUAGAGCACUCCAGCCUUGUUUGUACAUGUCUGUAUAUACCAAGACGCCAUAACACUGGAACCCUUUGGGGAAGAGAGCACAUGAGCAUAGGAACCUGUCACCCUUCAAUAAAUGUGUGAUGGACGUGAGGA